UUGAAGUUUGACAGUACAUCUGCAAAUGCCCCGCUACCUUUAUUGGGAGUCUAAUUAUGCUUGUUUUCAUUUAACGGGGACUUUUUCUUCUUGAUGAGGAGGUGUGAAUCGAAGGCUGGACAUUUCCACUCUGCUGUUUCCGGGAAGCUAUUCUGGUUGCACGGGUUUUGAAGCAGCUGAUUCCUGGCCUGGCGUUCGUUGGAUCAAUUUUUUUUGUUAGUUUCCCACAUUAUAUUUUGUUUUGGAUGAAAUUCGUUCGACCGAUAGCCUAAAGGGUAUCGUUGUCGUCUUUAAGGUAUGUCAGGACGAGAACUGAUAAGACAACUGAAGGAGAACACACUCCGAUGAGGAAGCUCUCAACGUUCAAUUAACUUAUGAAUUCCACAGCUGGCAGGUGAGAGAAAUAUACAAAGACAUCCUUACAAUGUGGACCGAUAAGCAAAGAGGAAUUAGAGUUUCACAGCAGGAGCUGCUCUGCAAGAACGCCUGUGGGUAUUAUGGAAACCCUGCAUGGCAAGGCUUUUGCUCUAAGUGCUGGAGAGAGAGAGCACGCCCAGCUGCUGCACAGAGACAGGACACAAGGCCGACCAAUGAUGGAACUCCUCUCACCUUCUCCAAAUUUGAGGAGAAGAAAAACACAGAGAAAGGUCGUCGAAUUAACACAAUGAGAAAACUCUUCUGGGGCAGCCCAUCACCUCCAAAACGUCAAGAGUCUUCAGGAAGUUAUGGGAAUAUGUUAAAAGCAUUUCAGAGCCUUGAGCCCGGCGACUUCACUGGUUUUCUGAAGAUACUCCGAAGCCCUUCCUCUCAACGCUUGCAGUCCAGAUGUACAGCUUUUCUCAACACAAUGGAGGCUUACCAUCAUCUGCCAGUACAGAAGCAGUCAGAUCUUGUGCAAGAUUUCUACCAGUCUUUUGCCGAGUUUUUUAGUACUUUUCCUGAGGCCCAGGUCACUCAGAUAAUGGAGCACGUAGAGAAGCUUAUAAUGACGCGGCUGCACAAAUGGGUUUUCUGCCAUGACAGUUGUGAUGAUGAACAGAAGGAUCUUCUUCUCCAGAGACGGAUACGAUCCCUAAACUGGGUGACUCCACAGAUGCUGAGUGUACCUUUUCCUGAUAAACAGACUUCAGUCACAGGAGACCCCUUCCUCCCUGCAAUUACAGCCAUAAUUGAAAUGGAUGCCAAAAGAGCGCCACAGGACAAACUUGCAUGUGUUUCCAAAUGCAGUCAGCAUGUCUUUGAAGCGCUCUCCAGCUCGAACAGUGAGCCCGCUAACGCUGAUGACUUCCUGUCAGGCCUGAUUUACGUGGUGCUGAAGGCAAAUCCUCCUCGCCUACACUCCAACAUGCAGUACGUGAUUCGUUUUGGUCUCCCUCACAGUCUGAUGGCAGGAGAGAGCGGCUACUAUUUCACCAAUCUGUCCUGUGCUGUGGCCUUCAUUGAAAAGCUGGAUGGACCAGCUCUCAACCUCAGCCCAGAAGAGUUUGACAGCUACAUGCUGCGUCAGCAGGCUCCUGCUGCUAAGAGCAAGAGGCUGCAGGUGGCUGGUGACACGCAGCAUCUGUUAGAAGAACUACAAGGCCGACAGGAAAAACUGGACCAGGGCAUGGAUGCCCUCAACAUGCAGCUACAGGAGUGGGUCCAAGCAGUGAAUUUCCAGCUGGAUGAAGCAACAGCCCAGUUCGCUGUGGUGCAGAAGGAGAUUACAGCUCAGACUGAGCUCUCACAGGUUUCCUCAUCUAGUAAUGUUUCAAAGCAGGAGGUGAAGGAGGAGCAGUCGGUGCUGGUGCUUACAGAUAAACAUGCAGGUCCAAAAGAUACUGACUGUUAACUUUUCUGAUAAAAAAAACCACUUGAUCUGGUACUUUACUCUGUUUAAUCAUCAGCACUAAGUCAUUAAGGCUGCAAGCAGAUUUAUAUUCUACUGCCACAUUUGCACAAGUUCAAACCACAGAAACAUGAAGGAAAACUUCUAGUAGAAGGCAGUGUCACAGAGCACGCAGAAGUUUUUAAAGACUUUUUUAAACAUGAGUGGCACUUGUUUUGUGUUCCAGGGUGAAGGCCGAGAAAAGCACAUUCCAAAUCUUAGUAACAGGUGUGAAUAAAAUUAAUAUUGAAGCACUCAGGGUACUCAGCACUCAUGUCUCCUAACACUUAAAGAAGGUUUAUUUAAUAUUUACACCGGUGUGCCUAUUCUUAGACUACUGUGAAAUGAAUGAAUAUGCUGCAGGAGAAAUUUUAGGUAAGUCGAGGAUGUAUCAGUAAAUGUUUUUUUAGAGAUAUGUAACUGUUCUCAAUAAGCUGCCUACACCAUCUAUACAAAGAUAAUAUACCCAGUGAAAAAAACUAUUUGUAACACAUUUUACCAUCUGCAUAAGUUCUCAGAAGGAAUUCAAUGCCUACAACUAUGAAAGGGUUUCUGAAGAAAUUAAUGUUGUAUAUGUAAUUUUAUCAAAUAUGAUAUUAAAAUCGACUUAUAUGAUUUA